AUGACGCACUUCGGGGACGGGGCGGCGGCGGGCAUGAGGCGGGCGGCAGAGGGGGCGGCGGGCGCGGGGGGAGAGCGGACGGCGAAGCUGCAGGGGGGCGCCCUUCGCCCUGACCCUGCCGCGGGCCAGCGGGGCGGGCGGAGGCUGGGCUCCGAGGGCCAGCGGCAUCUCCCCUCGAAACCCCGCGUCCGGGGUCGCACCCACAGCCUGAGCCACAACGGGGACUCGCAGGCCGUGAACAUGGCGCUGGACCUCGCCCCAGACGUCUUUGUCAUGCGGGUGCUGUUGGAGGAGACCGGGGAGAUGUUCACUGUGACAGACUGCCACGGCGACAUGACGGUGCAGGAGCUCAAGGAGGAGCUGGACCUGGUCGCCGGCAUCCCCCUGAACCUCCAGCUGCUCCAGUACCUGGACCAAGGAAUUUUGAUGGAUGACACUACCCUGAGGUUUCACGAUGUCGUUCCCGGUGGAAUUAUUUCAUUACAUGUCUGGCGUUAUGAUGGAUGGGCGGACCUGGUUCUGGCGGCGGUGGAAGGGGAUACCAGUAAGCUCUCCUGCCUUGGAGUGAGUGAGGACUCUCCGUACCGAACGGCAAGUCUGCACUACCUGGGAGAGAAGCAGCGGAAGAAGUGGGUGGCUCAGAGGGCAUUCGUGGCCUUGUACGUCGCCUCGCACAGAGGCCACAUGGAGGCGGUGCAGUAUCUUCUGGAACAAGGAGCCAACUGUCUCGGCCGAUCCCCCAUGGGCAGGACUCCCUUGCACGUGGCCGCAGUCACGGGCCAGUCGGACUGUAUAGGCCUCCUGCUCCAACACGGGGCCUCCAUCUAUGCCAAAGAUGCCAAGGGGGUGACCCCUAAGGACAUCGCCCACCAGCUGAACCACAGGCAGGAUGAGCAGCAAAUGUUCCUGUUCUCCCAGCAGACAAAGCCAGGGGCGAAGGGCCUGAGGACGUGAGCAAGGCUUUUCAGGGAGGAGAGCCUCCCAGGAGGAGAACACAGCUGAGCUCCCACUGGGGUGUUUGCUGGUCAAAGCUGAGCCCGGUAACUUUUGAAGCGCUCAGAUCCACGGUGACCCUUGGUGAGCAGGAAGGCAGGAAAACAUGGCAAUUAAUCUGAAUCAGAUAGUGAAUUAUCUGUCCCGGCUGCAGAGGACCUGCGGAGGGAGCUGAUAGAAAUAGGGGAGCCAAGUGCCUGACACUUGUCCUCAGAACUUUGGAGGCAGCGCUCUGUCUUCCUACGGCCCCGAUUCAAUUACACUCUGGGCCAGAAAUUGGGCAGAUUCCAAGCUCUCUGUGGUGACGUUUUGCUCAGUCUGUGGCAGGGUCAUUUGAACACGCCCGAAGGUCCUGGGGACUCUUCAUUUGAGGAAAUCUCAACAUCCUCUCUCAUAUUCAAACAAGCCUCAUCACAGGUACAAUAAAAGACGUCCAUCCCAUAGAAGAGUUGAUUUGCAAUUGA